UGGAAAGAAUUAGACGACAGACAAAUCAGCCAAACCCUAAUCGCUUCGUGCACUCCGAAUGGAUCGCCCGCCGCUCGCGCUCUCUCCCCGCCGCCUACGCCCACGCCGCCCUCCGCCGGGCGCCUUCGCCCUCUCCGCUCACCUCCCGCCAGCGACCUCUAAGAAACGGCCGCCCUUGAGUCGCUCCUCCGUGUCCCUUUCGUCCCCGCCCCGCCCCCCGCAACCUCCGAUCUUGGAGGAUCUGACCUCGGUUGUUGACAUCGUGAAAGAACACUCCGCGAUCGGCUGCGAUCAAGUCGCCGCCGCAGUCGUGUCCCCUUCCCGCGCCGGCCCAAAGAGCCCCCUGUUCGAGCGCGGCCGCUUCUACGACCUCUACUCGGCCCGGCGGAAUGAGCGGCUCAAGAGGAAGAUCUGCGAGCUCUCGGAGCCGGCAGUGGCCGCAGCAGAGGACCCCGGCGUGGCCGUGGAGCUGGCCAAGAGGCGAGUCGCAAAAAAGGUUGAAUCCGCAAGGAAAUCGCUGCCGGAUGACUUCUCCGCCAGACGAAUGGGCACCCUGCGCUCCUCCUUGAGGAGCAGCAAGGAGAUGAAGAAGGCAGCCUCUACGCUGGCUGCUACUGACUGCUCUGCUGCGGGCGUGAGUCGAACCGGCACUCGAUCGCUGCGAAGGUUGUGAAGUAUAACUUCUUUCUGCCAGAUGCUAGUUUCCGUACGUGUAAUUUAGACCAUAUCACAAUUUGCUCGACGAAAUGGGAGUGUUAGCAGUUAAAGAUUUGAUAAAUUCUGCCCUAUUGUUUGACUUGCUUUUUAGUUUUUCUGCUUGAAUAUCAUGGGGUGUUUUUGUUGCU